AUGAGUCGUUUAUUGACGAUUCGGCAAGCCGAAGAGCUUCACAAAUCAAUUAUAGCAUACUUGUCUGCAAAUAAUCUUUCCAAUGCUGCCUCUGCGCUCAGGGGAGAGCUAGGCCUCUCCGAGGAGGUGUUCGAUACCGGUACGAUGGUCAAAUACGAGACUUUGUUGGAGAAGAAAUGGACUAGCAUCGUUCGUUUACAGAAAAAGAUUAUGGACCUCGAGGCUCGCUGCGGGGCAUUGCAGACGGAACUAAAUAAUGCUACACCUACAUCUCUCUCGAAGCGCAAUCAAGACCCAGCAUCUUGGCUCCCCAAAGUCCCAGCUCGUUACUCGCUAGAGUCGCACCGAAAUACUAUCAACUGUCUCGCAUUCCAUCCGAAAUUCUCCUCUAUUGCCUCCGGCUCAGACGAUUGCAUGAUCAAGAUAUGGGACUGGGAGCUCGGGGAGCUGGAAACAACGCUCAAAGGUCAUACGAGAGCAGUUCUCGACGUGGACUACGGCAACACUCAAAGUGGUGUGCUACUAGCAUCUUGCAGCUCUGAUCUUUCCAUCAAGAUAUGGAACCCCUUAGAAGACUAUAAGAACAUUCGAACGCUGCUAGGUCACGAGCACAGCGUCAGUGCGGUUCGUUUCAUACCGGGCCGAAACUUGCUCACGAGCGCAAGCAGAGAUAAAGACUUGAGGAUAUGGGAUGUCACAACUGGAUUUUGUGUGAAGACAAUACAAGGGCACAGCGGCUGGGUACGAGACGUAUGCCCGUCUUUCGAUGGGAACUACCUCUUUUCGGCUGGCGACGAUGUUACUGCUCGGCUGUGGGAUAUUACAAACAUAUCAAACCCAGAAGCCAAGCUGACGAUGGUCGGCCAUGACCAUGUUAUUGAGUGCUGCGCAGUCGCUCCUCAGACAUCAUACCAGUAUCUCGCACCCAUGGCUGGAUUAAAGAAAGAAGCUCUCUCUAAAAUGAGCGCAGUCGAAUUCACGGCAACUGGAUCGCGAGAUAAAACGAUAAAAGUUUGGGAUCGUCGCGGUUCCUGCCUCAUGACAUUGGUGGGCCAUGACAAUUGGGUUCGAGCGAUCGUCUUCCACCCCGGCGGAAAAUAUCUCCUGUCAGCUUCAGAUGACAAGUCGAUCCGGUGCUGGGAUUUGAGUCAAGAUGGCAAAUGCGUGAAGACACUCUCAGACGCCCAUGGGCGCUUUGUCACCUGUCUGAGAUGGGCUCCGAGUGUUGUUAAGGAGGUUGCUCCCAGUGCGGAAUCCGCUAAUGGGCAGACGGACACAAAUGACUUGCUCAAAAGCAAAGACAAUCAACCACAGGUGCAAAUACGUUGUGUUGUUGCAUCGGGAGGCGUCGAUCAGAAGUUGAAUAUUUUCGCAAAUUAG